AUGACAGCCUCCGUGCUCCUCCACCCCCGCUGGAUCGAGCCCGUCAUGUUCCUCUACGACAACAGCCUGGAUGAGAUCAAUAAGAACAUGGACGGGUUUCACGCCGGCAGCAACUUCGCGGCGGCGGCGGCGGCCAACCCCUGCCGCAACCUGAUGGCUCACCCCGCGCCCCUGGCCGCCCCCAGCGCCGCAGCCUACACCUCCAGCGAGGCCCCCGCCGCCGGCAUGGCCGAGCCCUCUGUCAAGCAAUGCAGUCCCUGCUCGGCCGCCGUGCAGAGCUCCUCCGGCGCCGCGCUGCCCUACGGCUACUUCGGCAGCGGCUACUACCCGUGCCGCAUGACCCACCACAACGCCAUCAAGUCCUGCGCUCAGCCCGCCUCCUCCUUCGCCGACAAGUACAUGGACACCUCGGUCUCCGGCGAGGAGUUCACGUCGCGGGCCAAGGAGUUCGCGUUCUACCAGGGCUACGCCGCGGGGCCUUACCAGCCGGUGCCCGGUUAUCUGGAUAUGCCCGUGGUGCCGGCCAUCGGCGGCCCCGGCGAGCCGCGCCACGACCCCCUGCUCCCCAUGGACAGCUACCAGCCUUGGGCCAUCACCAAUGGGUGGAACGGGCAAGUCUAUUGCCCCAAGGAGCAGAGCCAGCCGCCUCACCUCUGGAAAUCCACCCUCCCGGACGUCGUUUCGCAUCCCUCCGAUGCUAACUCGUACAGACGUGGGAGAAAGAAACGAGUGCCUUACACAAAGGUCCAGUUAAAAGAACUCGAAAGGGAAUAUGCUACAAAUAAAUUCAUAACCAAAGACAAAAGGAGGAGGAUAUCGGCGACUACAAAUCUGUCAGAGAGACAGGUCACAAUCUGGUUCCAAAACAGAAGGGUGAAAGAGAAAAAAGUGAUCAACAAAUUGAAGACUACCAGUUAA